CGUGUGUACACACUAGUGUAGGCUCAGCAGCACUUUGCAGUAGUAAAGUCUGCAACGGACGGCCCCUUUUCAGAACAAGCCUCGUCCGAAAAGUUGAUAGAUAAACUCAGUCUCCACCGUAAGCCAGUAAAACGGUUCUUUUUAGGCUUUAAGAGCGCGUGGGAAGCUGAAGUGUGUAUUUUAGGAGCGCGUUUGUGAAAUGAAACGACUGAGAAAUGCCAGUGGAAAUGCUACAUCCAAACCCAAUGCCGCCGUAGGUUUGCCACCGAGCCAAAUAUAUACGUUUCUGUGGAUCUGUUGAGCGAAGCGCCCAGAGUCAGAGCGAUGUGGCUCUGCAUGGUUUACAAUGAGACGGACACCAGCGUGGACUUCCGGCUCUGCCAGGACUUCGGCCUCUUCCUGUCCGUGUUCUCCCUCAUCUACCUCCUGGUGUGCUUCCCGUUGGGGCUGUGCUACAACGUGCUGCUUAUCGUGGUCAACCUCUCCAACAAGGUCUCCAUGACCAUGCCGGAUGUUUAUUUCGUCAACAUGGCUAUCGCGGGCCUGGUGCUCAACCUGGUGGCGCCCGUGGAGCUGCUGAACUCCUCCUUCACCCGCUGGCACGCGUGGGAGUACAACAACGAGGUGUACAUCACCCUGCUCAUCCUCUUCAACAUCUCCUCCCUGGUCAUCAUGUACUCCACCACGCUGCUCAGUCUGGACUACUACAUCGAGCGGGCGCUGCCUCGCACGUACAUGUCCAGCGUGUACAACACCAAGCACGUGUGCGGCUUCAUCUGGGGCGGCGCCGUGCUCACCAGCUUCUCCUCGCUGCUCUUCUACGUGUGCAACCACAUCUCCACCAAGAUGGUGGAGUGCUCCAAAAUGCAGAACAAGGAGGCGGCGGACGCCAUCAUGAUGUUCAUCGGCUACGUGGUUCCCGCCGUGGCCGUUUUUUACGCCUUCGUGCUCAUCCUGCGCAUCAGGAAGGAGUCCACGCCCCUGGACCAGGACUCGGCCCGCCUGGACCCCUCCAUCCACAGACUGCUGCUGGCCUCCGUGUGUGUGCAGUUUGUGCUGUGGACGCCGUACUACAUGACCCUGCUGGUACACACUGUGGCCGGAGCACCGGGGUACAUUAGCAACACACAUUACUUACCCACAUAUAACUUUCUGAGAUGCGUGUCCAAGCUGCUGGCGUUCUCCAGCAGCUUUGCGAUGCCUCUCAUGUAUCGACAGAUGAACAAAAACUUUUCUAACAAGCUCCAGCGGCUGCUCAGGAGGCUGCGCUGCAGAACCCAGUCCUGCCCUCCUGAACGCUCCACAGUGCAGCAAGUGGUGACGUGAGACCCCAUCCUGGGAGAUUGUUACCCACGGCCCUCUAACUACCACUUUUUCAAGCUCUUGGCAUAGCCGGCACUUAUCCCCCCCCCCCUAAAGGAGCCAGUAUCUGAUGGAGCUCCCUCGCUGCUCUGGACUGGGUUAAGAGCGACGUAGCUAACUGUGGAAUAUCCUUCACCUUCCAGAACCUGAUCUGCUCAGUUCUGCAGGGAGAGGACAAACAAAGCAAGAACCACUAAGUGCUGUUAUUUGUUGUCACUGAGUGAAGCUCUCCACUAAGACACAUAAGCUUCUAGUUUGAGGGCGGUAAAUUGGCACAUUAACUACCCAGCGCGGUGUUUUCACACAAACAGGCGAGCACUCUGUCAUUGCAGUCUGUGCGGCCUCCUGCAUCGGCUGUGUUAUUAAUAUUCUGAGAACAAGUUUGACCUAUUCCUGAUUUCACUGUAGAGUCACAUUGCCCUUUUAACAUUUAAUCAGCCUGGCUUUCAAGGAGCGAUUCUGUUUUUACCAGUGGAAGUGUCAAAUGUCAUGUCGACUAGUUUUAAUAUGUAAUGCCGAUAUCUGUAAAGCAGAUUUGACAUAGGGCUGUGCGAUUAUGGCAAAAAUCAUAAUCACGAUUAUUUGGGUCAAUAAUUGAUAUCACGAUUAUUUUGACGAUUAUUCAUUGACCAUUUAUUGAACUUUAAAACAAAUAAUAUUUUACCAAUAAACAAGAUCAACAAAUAUGUUGGAGCGCACUUCCAAAACCAUACUAAACAUAUAUUAAUAUGAUAAAUAAAAAUAAA